AGGGAAUCAAGGUUAGCAGUCUUGUAUAUUAUAGAAGUCUGUGGUCGCGAUGCACCAAGGCCCCUCCAUUAAUACAAGCUCUAUGGUUUUGGCAGACACGUGAGUGUCUCUUUCUCUUUCCACUUCUUUCGCGUUUUUUCUCAAUUCUUCGUAAUUUAAAAAGUAUUUCGGAAUGAAUGAAUCUAGACGUGUAUAACCUUAAACUCUAAAUGAAUUGAAACAGAUACAGGAAGGAGUAAAGAGGUGUCAAAUAACCUACAACGAAAGUUUGGUUGACGGCACGGUAAAUCACAAAAAGAAAAAAUGAAUUGAAACAGAAAAAUGGGCGAUAAUAUAUUCAAGGACGUAAUUUAAUCAUGGAAUAUUUUGGUGAAAUAUUUUUGCUCGGAAUUGACACAAUUGUAUUCACCAUCUGCUUAAGACAGUAUAUUCAUUACAAGAACGCAAUUAAAGCGAUUAAGAAUGUCGAACUACAUGACAUUGGUACAGAUUUGGAAAGUCUAUUGGAUAAGAGUCCAAAUAACAAAGUAGAUUACAUCGCUAUUAAAGGAAUCGUCAAACCAUUAGGAGAAUUGUUGCAAAGUAUUAAUAAAAAAGAUGUUACUGGCGUCAUACAAAAGCUUAGUGUCAGAGAACAUGUUAUCGCAAGAACGUCAGCUGGUUACUGGUCUGAUCAAGAACGAACAAUUCAUCAAGUAUAUAAUACAGUACCGUUUGUCUUGCAAAAUAGAUGGUACUCUGUGGAAAUAAUAGAUCCGUUGUCUGCUGAUAUUUUAGAUUUGGAUGUUAUCUCUGAUAAUUUUCAACCAAGUGUACCUACACUUGUAGAUCAUAUAUGGGGAUUUUUUACAGGAGUACGUCAACGUGGUAUACAGUCUACAGAAAAAAUGUUGCGUGAAGAUUCAAUUAUUACAGCAAUAGGUGAGCUCUCGCGGUCGAAAACUGAAUCCAAUUAUUUUACAUUACAACCUCCAUUAAAUGGAUCUCCUUUUUAUAUAACAAGCAUGUCGAUUACUUCCUUGAUACGGAAAUUAGAUGACCGUAAAAAAAUAUACAGGAUAUUUUGUUUAAUGAGUGGCACAAUUGGAUUAAUACUUGGAGGAAUUAUGGCGAGACGCUAUUGGAAGAAUAAACAGGAUCAAAGAUUGGCAGAUCAGUUACGUCAAUCACUCGAAACAUCGCGUCAAGAAAGACGUCAAAGAGUGAGGGAUAGAGAUCUUAGAGAAGAUCAGAUAUGUGUAGUUUGCAAGACAAAUGCACGUGAAAUUAUUUUACUACCUUGUGGUCAUGUAUGCAUUUGCGAAGAUUGCUCAGUUAGCAUCAAUAAUAAUUGUCCCAUUUGUAGAACACAAAUCAUUCAAAAAGCGGCGGCAUAUAUAGUAUAAAUUUCAUUUUCAUGUAAAUGCGAGUUUCAUACAGCAAAAAUAUUUUCAUUCUAUUAGAAGUGUACAGAUGAUCGAAACAAUAUUCCAUACGAAUUUUAUCUCCUUUAUAUGUACAGUUUUAUUUAUAAAUAAAAAUCUGAAUUUACAAAAACAA